CACUCAGGGUGAAGAUGAAACGCUAGCUGUGAUGUAUGUGGCAUGCAUGCUGUCUGCGGUCCCGCAAAAGUUUAGACAAGGAUUUUGAUAUUGAAUGCACAACGUGAAGAGCUGAUGAAAGUGAAGGAGGAAAGUGAGGAACUGAAUGAAGAGGAGAAACAUCAGUGUCAGAAACCUGAUGAUUUCAUAACUGGAGAAAAAUCUUUUAGUAGCCCACAGACUGAAAAGAAACGCUCACGAAAAAGAACUCAAAAAAGAAACGCUAAAAAAUCGUACACAUGCUCUCAGUGUGGAAAGAGUUUCACACAUAAAGGAAACCUUAAUAGCCACAUGAGAAUUCACACUGGAGAAAAGCCUUUCACAUGUCAUCAGUGUGGAAAGAGUUUUACACAGGCACGUAGUCUAAAAAAUCAUCUGUCCUUGCACUCUGAAGAAAAGUCAUAUAGCUGUGAUCAGUGCGGCAAAAAAUUUUCUUCAGCAUCAGUUUUAAGAAUACACCGGAAAAUUCAUCCAACCGAGAAGCUUUACUUGUGUUCAUUUUGUGGAAAAAGGUUUUCACAUCUGUACAAUUUUAAAGAGCACCAGAGAAAACACACCGGUGUGAGAGAUCAUGUGUGCAUGGAGUGUGGUAAAGCUUUUUACAGACCUUAUGACUUGGAACGUCACAAAAGAAUUCACACUGGAGAAAAACCUUACAAGUGUUCAUAUUGUGGAAAGAGUUUCACUAUUUCAGGAAACAUGAAAGCACAUGAGAGAGUGCAUACUGGAGAGAGGCCGUACCACUGCACAUCAUGUGGGAAGAGUUUCAUUGCAUCAGGACACCUGACAAAACAUAAACGAGUGCAUACUGGAGAGAAGCCGUACCACUGCACUUCAUGUGGGAAGAGUUUCACCCAAUCAGGCUCUCUACAGACUCAUAGAAAAAAGCAUUGUCCAGAGUUGUCACAGUGAGCAAAGUUCAACUUUCAUGUAAAUGGGAUGAAAUAAAAAAUCAAGAUA